AUGCCAGCCCCAGCGCCAAAGGUUCUCUGGCAAGCACAGACUGAACAAGAAUGGAGCAACAAGUACAUUCACUGGCUUGCGCGAUGGAGUGGACAAAUAUACCUCCAGGCCGAGUUUGGCCAUAUCCAACCGGGCGCAAUCUUAAGUCCCAGAGCAGAAAGAUGGCUGGGAGAAGCGGACGAAUUCGGAUUCAUAAUGGCGACUAUUCUUAAUGCUACCGAGUUCCAACCUCCCGGUUACAAAGUUAGGAUGUAA